GUCAGGCCUUGGCAUCGAUUUGAUUGGCUCUCCGUUGGCUUGUUGGGAAGGCAUCUUGCUAGGCACGUCAGUCUAGGCGUUGUCAACCUUUUUUCUAUAACUGAGACACUUGGAUUUAUAAUUUUGUGAGGAUUAUGUGCAUUCAUUGUGCAUAAAGCCCCUGUACAAAACGAUCUUGAAUCGUACGGAUUCAUCCAAUUAUUAUUAAUAGUGUUAUGUUACAGACAUCAAAUCGAGCUUGGAAUAACGUUAGGUGGCGUGUGUUAUUGUUAGUAUUUUGAAGGACUAAAAAAAGGAAAUAAUGGUAAGUAUUUCAGUAAAAUCACAAUUUGUCAGGAUAUUCAUUAUCUUAGAUUCAAUUUAUUUUUGGCAUUCUGCAAUAAAUACCUUCAAUGAGGUUGAAUGUCAGCCUACCAUUCUUCCAACAUGGCCACCUUUGAUGAAGGCUAAUUCCUAAUGCCAAAUUUGUUGAUAUUUUUAAGUUUUACAGCAUCUUUGAAAUUUGAUCAACACCGGUUUUAUAUAUAUUAUUGUGAUGGGUUGUGUUCAUCUUUUUGAAUGUGGAUCGUAAAAAAUCAAUUAAUUGACAGUGUUAUGUGGUUAAAAAGUAUUUUUGUUGGUGUUUUGAAAAUGUGUUCAGUUUCUUUUAAUAGGAAAACUUAUUAAAAUUGAUAGUUAGUUUUUAGCCUUAAACACUAAUAACAACUGUGUAUUAUUAACAGCUGAAUUAAUAUUAAUAUUUUAGUGUAUUCUUAGUGAGCCAGGAGGAAUAUUUCUGCUUUUAGUUAAAUUAAAAUAGUGAGUUGUAUCCAAUGGUAGGUAGUAUAGAGGAACAUCAGCCGCGCAUUGAUCCAAAUCAGUUACUCAAAUGCCUGAGUGUAUUAUUAUCUCCUAAUGGAGGCAUCAAAAGCAAAGAUGAAGUUCAGAGAUUAGAAAGCUUGAUGACUAAAUUUUCCAAGAAACUGGUCAGCAAAUGUAUAUAUGUUCUUAUCUUGAAAUCUACUGAAUCUGAUCUAUUAGACAUGUUUAUGUCAGCUGGGGGUUGGGAUUUGACAUUUAAUUGGUUAUCCGACGGCAUUCAGUGCAGAAACUGGCCGCUGGUAGCCGAAUUAGUCGAGCUGUUAUUAUUAUGCCCAGUAGAUAUUGAACGUCUUAAGGGAAACAACUGUCCGAAACUUAUUAAAGUUUUGUCGAAAGAUCCCAGUGCUACUGAGAGAGUGCGCAAUUUAGCAUGCAAUGUAGUUGACAAAUGGUUGGCUAUAGUCAAAGGAGCUUGCGAAGCAACAGGAACCCCAUCCGCUGCCGGUGGAUCUGUCGAAGGUAAUAAGUCACCGGUGAUAGAAAAUGGCGAAGCUGCUCCGGAAGAGAUUUCUCCACGCGGUCUUUAUAAGAUCACAAUCAGAGAUGGUAAAAAUGUCUUAGCCGAAGUUAUCACUUCCGAAAGAUCCGGGACUAGAGUAGAAGAAGGAGUCGAGGGUUCCGAAGAGGUUAAUGAUGAUAGCAGCAAAUCAUCGGCUGAGACUAGGCCAGUGUUGAAGUUAGUCAAUGAGGACCCCGUUGCUAAGGAAUCUUUACCGCCCAAGAAGUUGGCAGAAGGUAAGAAGACCUCUUUGAAAAGGAAAAAUGAUAAAAAGACCUCUCCAGAACCUGAGAAGAAAACAGUUUCUAAAGAGAAGAAGAAGGUUUCACCAGAGAAGAAGGCGAAAUUAGAUACAAAGGUUAAAAGUAAAGAUAGAAAAGUAGCGGAAAAAACAAGUUCCGAAAAACAUGUCAAAGAAAAAACUCAAGAAGAAAAGGCUCAAGAUGAAAAGGAUAAAAUUGACAUAAUGAAACUUAUUACCCCUUCUAUCGGAAACUUGGGCAAGAUUCCGAAAAAAUCGAAAGAUGAUAAGAAAGCUGCUGUUCCUGUAGAACCUAAGAAACCUUUCCCCAAAGACCCGAAAAAGUAUAAUAUUUCUAUUGAAACUCGAAAGGGGGGAGAGGAAAGACCUAAAACCGUUAAAACUUUCAAUUCUAGAUUUCGGUCUACUGGGCUUGAAGAAUUACCUCCUCCGCCGAAAAGUUCUAAGAAGAAAGAAGAAGUUCCGGAGAAAAAACCUCUCAAGAGGCCUUCUCCUGUAAAAGAAGUACCUCAUGUUGCAGAAAAAAAGAUCAAAGAAGAGGAUAAGACUGAAAAACCAGCUCCUCCUAUCACUCCUCCGAAACCUAAGAUUUCAGGUCUUCAGGAAAGUGAUGUGUUUGCUGACGCUCUGACAGCAGCUAACCCCGUGAAAGAUAUAAAGAAACGCAAACGGAGAUCAAGUACAAGUAAUUCACCAAGUGACGCUAAAAAAGAAUGCAAUGCAGUUCCUAAAACGGAAGAAAAAGAGAGCAAGGAAGCCAUUAAACCCGUGUUGAAGUUUUAUCAGGAUACUUUAAUUACGUCUGAAGAAAUCAAGGCGGAAAAAGCCGAGAGUAAUGAAGAAAAACCUUCUUCUGAAGAAAAGGUUGAUCAGGAAAUUGAGAAGAGUGAAUCAGAUCAAUCGGAAAUCAUGACCAAAGAGGAAAUAGAAGAUGAAGUCGCAAAAGCGGAAGAAGCAAUAGACCAAGUUCUAAAAAUGGAGGAAAAGAAAAAUGUCGAAAGGGAGAAAAAUAGAUUACCUAAAGGAGUGUUGGUAUACGUUAAAAAGUAUAAAACUAUUAAAAAGAACGUGAAAUGGAAAUCUGAUAAAGAACUGGAAUCGAUUCAAUAUUUUGAAUUAGAUGAAACGGAAAGAGUUAAUGUUACCAAACCAUUCAUGGACAUGAAGCAAAAUGAACGGAUAAAUGAGAGGAUUAUGCUGUCCAGAAAACUAGUUUCAGACGACAUAAUGGAGGAAAAGAUCCCUUGGCGACCAUUGAUUCCUAUCGACGUUGUUGGCGACCUUGUAGUAUCUGGUAAAAACAGUAUCGAAAAGGAAACUCAGCGAGCUAGAGAAAGGACUACUUUGCAAGAAAUAUAUUUCAACCGAUCUUUAAUUCCUGAUUCGCCAGCUGAGCCUGAUUUAGAAAUACACGCCUAUACGGAGCCAGCGAUCAUUCCCCUUAAAGAUCAAACUGGCAACGUGGAUUCCGUAAUAUCUUACAAAGACAAACCGUGGCCCGAACCCAAAGGCUACCCGCCUGGUACCAUCGGCUCACCUCCUCAAUUGAUGCCCGACUCGCCGAAUGAUUUAGCACAACCGUUACAACCCGGCAUUCCGCCUAACAAUAUGUACCCUCAGCAGUUUCCACCCCAGGCAGCGAUGCAACCUUACAUGCCUCCGAGUUUAAUGCAACAUGACUGGAUGGGCUCCGUGGAAGGCGGCAAUAUGAUGGUAGGUGGCGGCCAAGGAAACGAACCGAUGAUGAUGCCCGGAAUGCCUCCAGGAAUGCACCCGGGACUUCUACCUACGCCAGACAUGUUUCACAUGGGACCACAUCCUCAUCCUCCGGAGUUCAUGCCUCCUCCUUUCGGCCCUAUGGGACCCCCGCCUCCCGGGAUGUUCCCAGGAAAUUUCCCGCCUAACCCACCUCACCCUCACGAUCAGAACCAGAGGCACCAUCGACCGUGGUUCAGGGGGCAGAACAAUGGUGGCGGCGGCGGCGGUGGAAGUGGAAGUGGCGGUACUUGGCGUCAUCCAUCAAAAGGUGGUGGAGGCUGGGCCCAAAACAAGAUGUGUAAAUACUACUUGAAGAAAGGACACUGCCGGCAGAGCAACUGUAACUUCAGGCAUGGUUCCGGAAAAAGUAACGUGAGAUAAAGACUGCUGUUUGAUGUGACGAAAACUAUUGAAAAGUCAUACUUUUCACUUGUGCUGUGAUUUAGUUUUUAAGUUUUUAAUUGUUGAUACUCUGAGGAUAAUAUUUUUGUACAAAUUCUUGUAAUUAUAAGAUUGUAAAUAACUACUACGUAAUGUAAAUUUUAUAAAUAGUCUAGUCUCUUAAGAGUUUUUAUAUAUGUACAGGAAUAAAUUGUAUAUAAAGACUACAAACCUUAAGGUAACAUUUUCAAUGAACUGUUUGAAUUGUAGUAAAUUUUUUUUGUUUUUUAAUUUUUAAAACAUGGAUUAUAAUUCAGAUUUAUAAACCUAAUUUAUAUAACAUUGUCAACCACUGAAUAAAAGAUUCAAUAUAUUUUAA